AUGUGCAAAGAACUCAAGUCAAAGUUUACCGGCUGCGAUUGCAAACCGGCCUCAGAAGUGGAACAAUGCGGACGUGUAGAAUGGUCAGGAGCCGAAUGCGAACUGUUGGAUGAUCCUAUUGUGAUUGAAGAUGACGGAAAAUGCUUCGAUUGUCAAGAGAUGGACAGGCAGAAUGCCCUCAACGCGGAACAGGAAGAGGGGGAGCGGGUCCUCGAGCUAUCACGACUACAAUUGGAGGAGGAUAACAAGCGUCGUGCUGCUCGCAAUACUGGUCAGCUCUCAGACGACGACGACGAGCUGCAAGUGGUCCUCAAGGCAUCGGAAGAAGAGUCCCGGAAUCCUGGAGAACCUCGCGAUGAAUUUGAUGAUGAUGAACUCCAUGCCGCCAUUCAGGCGUCAAUGGAAGAGACUCAAAAAGCUCUCACUGACUCGGACGACGAGGAACUAGCCCAGAUUAUGAAGUUGAGUAUGGAAGAGACCCAAAAGCCUCAUAAUGACUCGGACGGCGAGGAUCUCGCCCAGAUUAUCAAGCUGAGUAUGGAAUCGACUGCCGAGGACGAAGAAAGACGGAAACAGGCUCAGGCAAGUGUCGGAAAAUACCGACUCCAUAUGAAAUACCACGGCUGUGGGUGUGAGGCCGACGUGGGAGAGACGGACAUCGAGCACGACCGCGAAGCAGAGGGAUUGCCAUAUCUUGUCGAGGAUAUCGAUGGACAGUGUCCCAACUGCGGCGGCGAGUCGAGCACUGCGGUUCAAUUGCCCGCCGAGGGCAGGCUCCCUGGAUACUCAGAACCCGACGUUCCUGCAUAUUCUACUGCCGAACCGAGGUGUGAUGGCCUGCUGAGUGAUGUCAGAGACGAUGACUGGCGGUUUGGCAAUGGUCCGGCGAGGGAUCAGGAGACGUCCUAUGGCAGCGAUCACGGAAUUGAGGAUGUUUUUGACAGUAUGAUUCGUAGCCAGCCGCCCGUGCCGAUUUCGACCGAGCCGUCGGCACGGACCGUUCAUGAUGAUCCAGGAGGCGACCUGCAGCAAAACCGUAAAAAUCUCCAAGACCCUACAAUAUGGCACCCCGACCACCCGGAGGAGCUGGUUGACCGUCCGUUGGUGAUCAUCCCCGAUGAGGACGAUGAAGAAGGUUACAUGGAAGGAGGUAACAAAGAAGAGUAUCGCAAAGAACAAAUGCUAGUUGACAAUAGCGGCGCAAAACGAGGUGAAAUUGCUGACCGUGAGUCUAGGCUUCGGAAGUUACAAAUGAAAGUGCACGAAGUGUAUGGAAAGCAUCCCGACCAACCGGAUGAAGAUGAGAAUGACCUUCCUCCUCCCGGCUAUGCGACAUAUAUCGACCUCAACCAGUGUUUGGAGCAGGCAAAGAAUGAGCUAGGUAUUAUUGAGGAAGAUGGCGAGGAGAAAUACUACUGAUGGUGGUGGCCAGCCAUCCGUUGGACGCAUGGGAUGGGAGGGAUAGGAAAACCUGACGCAUGAUCCUGCAAUGGCAGUCUGACCAUUCGGGAAUUCAGUGAAGCACUUGCUAAUGGAUUAGCACUGAUGUACCUUCUGACACAUUGAAUGACCUUCGUUUCAAGUUGGAGUGCCGCAGCCUAUGGCCUUUCCCAUCUAUAGUCAACUGCUCCUGAGAUGGUACAUUGCAUCGCCUGCAUGUUGACUUUGCAACCAAUA